CCCCGUGUCUUCGGGCAAUGUAAUUUGGCGCGAGAUUUCUCCUUCCACAGUAUGCGAGUGGUAGCCUGUCGUUGCGUCAACUUCCCAAACGUCUAAACGCGAGCCUUCCGUGCCCAUCUGCCGCCAAAAUUCACGUCCUCUCAGACUCAAUGCACAAGCUCUUCACAAAAAGUCGUUGGCAUCUUCAACAUCACUUCCCCAACCUCAGAUUCGUCGUUACCUCCGCUCGUUCCCGCCAGUACACCGAUGCCCCGAACCCCGACUCCGAGCUCGACUUCCCUGGCGACGAUGUGCUUGGGGAGCUCCAGUCUUCGAAACCCAUCAACCCAAUUCCCCUAUUCGCUCCGGGGAUGGAGAAUAACUUCCAUCGGACGCAGCCCUCUAAGUCGACGGCGAUGGCGGCGGCUCAGAUUUCGCAUCCGUGGCCCGAGUGGGUGGAUUUGAUGGUGCUUCUGUCGAAGGGAGGCUACUUUGAUGCGGAGGGCAACCCAUUCCAGAAUGUGGAGUUGGGUCCGAAAGAAUCGAAUCUCAUUAGAACCGCAUACCUGAAUUUCGCCCGCGACAGAUACGACGUUAUGAGGUAUUUGUCAAAGAAACAUAUUCAGGUCAUAGCAGAGUGUGGACGCCCCAGCAGAGACAGAAAAGUGGUGAACUCUGGUAAGCACUUGAGGGCGCAUGUGGGCAUCGAUGAGGGAAAUGUUUGCAGCUCCUGCAACUUGAGGGGAAACUGUGAGAGAGCAUUUGUGAAGGCACGUGAAGAUGAAGGAGGGCUCACAGUUGAUGUUAUGCGAAUCUUGUUGACAUACGGACUUGACCCCAUAAGCGAUACUGUGGAGAAUAAACCAUGUCUGACUAGAACAGUUUAGGAAUCAGUCGGAGCACUGCUAAAGCAAAUGGCAGAGUAUGGCACCAAUGUACUUGGCUCUGAUUCGUUGAAAUCCACACCAGCUAGUGAUUUAUCCUCACAUUCAAGUUCGGAAGAGAAAGGCUACAAAGAUGUUCCAAUGAAACAAGGAGAUUGGCAUUGCCCCAAGAAAGAUUGAAUCAACUACAGGAAGACCAAGAUCAUCUUCCGCUAAAGAAAGGAGACUGGAUAUGUGACAAAUGCAAUUUCUUAAAUUUUGCAAAGAAUACUACAUGUUUGCGGUGCAAAGAGAAACCCCGGAAGAGGCAACUCAAUCCUGGGGAGUGGGAAUGUGAAUCGUGAGUUCUUGCUAAUCCAUUCUUUUAGUUAAUACCUACAUUGAGCAGUUAUAGUUGUUCAUGAGCUGUUCUGCCCUUAUGGAUCUGUGAUUGGUAGAUGCAAUUACAUCAACUUUAGAAGGAAUAUGGUAUGCUUGAAGUGUGAUUAUAGAAGGCCUAAAGCAUCAAAUUCAAAGGGCUUGUCUCAACGAGAGCAUGAUGCUGGAAAUCAUAAUCAAGGUCAUGGAGCCUUU